UCGGGAACUGCCCCAAAAGAGUAAACUAGCUUAUUUGACCCUUUGUAAGUUCGAGGGCUAUCCUUUUCUCCCUAAUCUUCUAAAACAAUGACGGGGUAUCCUUCUCUGCAAACACUGAAAUCUCUUGCUUCUGAUACUUCAGAGUAGCAGGCCAAUAUUCAAAUGGCAUCUCAAGAUCACCAUGACCAUCAUCAUCACCACAGCCAUGAAGAUUCAAGAGCAACAACAUGGGUUGGCCCAGAUGGGAAGGUAUACCACAGCCAUGAUGGACUUGCACCGCAUUCACAUGAACCCAUAUACUCACCUGGAUACUUCAGCAGAAGAGCACCUCCUCUAACCAACAGGAAUUUCAAUGAGAGAGCCUUUACUGUAGGGAUUGGCGGCCCUGUUGGAACUGGGAAAACAGCUUUGAUGCUUGCAUUGUGCAAAGUAUUGAGGGAGAAAUACAGCCUGGCAGCAGUGACUAAUGACAUAUUCACAAAGGAGGACGGGGAGUUCUUAAUAAAACAUGGAGCACUUCCAGAGGAAAGAAUUCGUGCAGUUGAAACAGGUGGCUGCCCACAUGCUGCAAUUAGAGAAGACAUAAGCAUUAACCUUGGACCUCUGGAAGAGCUUUCAAACUUGUAUAAAACUGAUAUUCUGCUGUGUGAAUCUGGUGGAGAUAAUCUAGCUGCCAACUUUAGCCGGGAGUUGGCUGACUAUAUCAUCUACAUAAUCGAUGUGUCCGCAGGCGAUAAAAUACCACGGAAAGGUGGUCCAGGAAUUACCCAAGCUGACCUCCUUGUUAUAAACAAGACUGAUCUGGCAGCAGCUGUUGGAGCAGAUCUCUCUGUUAUGGAGCGUGAUGCACUUCGCAUGCGGGAUGGUGGUCCUUUUGUGUUUGCUCAGGUGCCUUGAGCGUUUUUUAUGGAUUGUGUCGCUUCCUUUUUGUUAGUUAUAUCCUUCAUCCUCUCGAAAAGGUGAAACACAAUGUGGGCGUGGAUGAAAUAGUGAACCACAUCUUACAAGCUUGGGAAGUUGCAACCGGUAAUAAGCGGCACUGAAUAUUUUACUGAGAUUUCUGCAUGUCUGAACCCUUCUUUAUUGCGCAGUAACUAAUGAUGAUUGGUUUCUCAAAAUCUCAUCCCUUAAAGCUCCUUCCUGAAUAAACAAGAAUUGUUGCAGAGUUCCUGCAAAUCAGAACUUUAAGAUUUGUCUUGUUUGACAGAUUUUUCUGUGAGUUUUUGUGACGGGCCAGUCAUUUAUUCAUUCGUUG